GGGUCAUGAGGCUCGUGAGGAAGGACAUCGAGAAAGACAAUGCGGGCCAGGUGACCCUGGUCCCCGAGGAGCCCGAGGACAUGUGGCACACCUACAAUCUAGUGCAGGUGGGCGACAGCUUGCGCGCCUCCACCAUCCGCAAGGUACAGACCGAGUCCUCCACGGGCAGCGUGGGAAGCAACCGGGUCCGCACCACCCUCACUCUCUGCGUGGAGGCCAUCGACUUCGACUCUCAAGCCUGCCAGCUGCGGGUCAAGGGAACCAACAUCCAAGAGAAUGAGUAUGUCAAGAUGGGGGCUUACCACACCAUCGAGCUGGAGCCCAACCGCCAGUUCACCCUGGCCAAGAAGCAGUGGGACAGUGUGGUUCUGGAGCGCAUCGAGCAGGCCUGUGACCCAGCCUGGAGCGCCGAUGUGGCAGCAGUAGUUAUGCAGGAAGGCCUCGCCCAUAUCUGCUUAGUCACUCCCAGCAUGACCCUCACUCGGGCCAAGGUGGAGGUGAACAUCCCUCGGAAACGGAAAGGCAACUGCUCCCAGCAUGACCGAGCCUUGGAGCGGUUCUACGAACAGGUGGUCCAGGCCAUCCAGCGCCACAUACACUUUGAUGUUGUAAAGUGCAUCCUGGUGGCCAGCCCCGGAUUUGUGAGGGAGCAGUUCUGCGACUACAUGUUUCAACAAGCGGUGAAGACUGACAACAAAGUGCUCCUGGAAAACCGGUCCAAAUUCCUUCAGGUACACGCCUCCUCUGGACACAAGUACUCCCUGAAAGAGGCCCUUUGUGACCCUACUGUGGCUAGCCGCCUUUCAGACACUAAAGCUGCUGGGGAAGUAAAAGCCUUGGAUGACUUCUAUAAGAUGUUACAACAUGAACCAGACCGAGCUUUUUAUGGACUCAGGCAGGUGGAGAAGGCCAAUGAGGCUAUGGCCAUUGACACAUUGCUCAUCAGCGAUGAGCUCUUCAGGCACCAGGAUGUAGCCACCCGGAGCCGGUAUGUGAGGCUGGUGGACAGGGUGAAAGAGAAUGCAGGCACUGUUAGGAUAUUCUCUAGUCUUCAUGUAUCUGGGGAGCAGCUCAGCCAGUUGACUGGAGUAGCUGCCAUUCUCCGCUUCCCUGUCCCUGAACUCUCUGACCAAGAGGAUGAUUCCAGUUCUGAAGAAGAUUAAUGAUUGGAACUUAUGAUUGAGACAACCUUGUGUCUCUUCACUGUUACAUUUUCUCAGCAUCCUUGUGACAGGGAGCUGUGGCACUUUGUGAUUCUUACAAGGAUUUCUCAUGUGUUUAAUCUCACUAGGUAUUUUGUGGUUGGCAGGGCAUGUAUUCAGACCAAACAAUAAAUUAAAAGGAAAUAAUCUCCA